AUGCCUUUUGGGCUGACAAAUGCCCUUGCAACAUUUAUGGAACUGAUGAAUUGGAUUUUUCGGCAAUACUUGGAUAGUUUUGUAGUAGUAUUCUUAGAUAACAUAUUGAUCUACUCCCAUGAUGAGGAAGAGCAUAAGAGGCACUUAAGGAUUGUAUUGGAGAUAUUACAAGAACAUCGAUUGUAUGCCAAACUUAGUAAGUGUGAGUUCUGGCUCUGCGAGGUGAAAUUUUUGGGACAUGUGAUUUCUGGCAAAGGAGUGGCAGUGGACCCUAUGAAGACUGGUGCUAUAAUAGAAUGGCAAAGGCCAACUAGUGCUCAUGAAGUACGUAGUUUCCUCGGUAUGGUAGGAUACUACCGAAGGUUUGUAGAAGGGUUUUCUAGACUUUCUAGCUCUUUAACGGCUCUGACAAGGAAGAAUGCUAGAUACGCAUGGACAAAGCAGUGUAAGAAGAGUUUUCAGGAAUUGAAAAAGAGGUUAACUUCGGCCCUAGUUUUAGCACUACCAGAACCUCACAAGCCCUAUGUAGUAGUCUAUAGUGACGCCUCUAGGAUGGGUUUGGGAAGCGUUCGGGAUGCGUUCUAA